AUGGCGGACGCGAACGAGGCCACCAGCGCGACCUCGGUGCGCGAGUCCAUCGAGGCUAGAGCGGCCGCCGACGGCGAGCGCAAGGACAACGACCCUGCCACUGCCCCGGGAAACGCCAACAAGACUGGCGCAACCCCCGGCGCGGAUGCCGAUACCGAGGCCAAUGCCGACGCGGAUGCCGACGCAGACGCAGACGCAGACGGCGAUGCUGAAGCUGACGCUGAAGCUGCAGCCGUAGCCGAUGUUGACGCAGAUGCAGACGCCGACGCCGAUGCUGAUGCCGACGGAGAUGUAGAUAUGGAUAGACAGGGCGACGACGCCGAUGCCGAUGCCGAUGCCGAUGCGGACGUCGACGCCGACGCCGACGCCGAUGCUGAGAAUGACGAGGACGGAGCGCUAUCAGGCCUCUCUACGGACAUGCUCACCGUCAUCGAGAACACAGCCAACUAUCUCUCAAGCUUCAGAGAACCCGAUGGCUACCAUGUGGCCCAGGCUUUCCAGCGCAUUCCCAACAGGCGACUUGUCCCUGACUACUACGAUGUCAUUGAUGAGGCCGUAGCCUUCAGCACAAUCAGAACCAAGAAGUUAAAAAAGCAGUACUCUGCCUUCUCCGAAUUCGUCAGGGAUGUGGCCAAGAUCUGUCAUAAUGCCCAAGUCUACAACCGCCCGUCAUCGGGCAUCUUCCAAGACGCCGUGCGUCUCCGUGAGAUCUUUAAGGAGGAGCUCCAGAAGUUGGUAGACGAUGAAACCAUUACCGCCGAUGAAGCCGUCCUCCCCGACCUCGGCCCCAUCCCAGAAGCCGAAGACUCUCCGCCGCCUGAGGAAGACGAAGAGGACGAGGAGGAGGAGGAUGACGACGAUGAAGACGACGAGGACGACGAGGACGAUGACUCUGAUGACGAAGGCGGGCGGCGCCGCAGAAGGGGUCGCGGUGGUCGCAAGUCUGAUGCCAGAGAUGAGCAGCCCCAGAAGGGUGGACGCCGCCCGCCCAAGGUCUUCACGCCGCUCGAAGCCCGCAUAUAUGCGUUCCUCAAGGGUUUGCGCAAGUUCAGGGCUCCCGAUGGGGAACUUCUGAUCCUGCCCUUCGAGAGGCUGCCGGACAAGUCAGUUGCUCCUGACUACUACGACGCCAUCCAGAACCCUAUUGCGCUCGACACCAUCAAGAAGAAGGCCAAGCGCAAGAAGUAUCAAAACCUCGAUCAGGUGCUUCAGGAUACCGAGCUCAUGUUCAACAACGCCAAGACGUACAACGAGGAGGACAGCCAGAUUUACCGGGAUGCCGUGGAGCUGCAGGCCCAGGCUCGUAUUCUGGCCGAACAAGAAAAGGCUAGACCCGACGAUGAGUUCGAGGACGAAGAAGGGCGUCGUCCUGUAUCCGAGAUCCAGCACAAAGGAGAGCUUUGGAAAGUUGGCGAUUGGGUACACAUCACCAAUCCGAAUGACCUGACCAAACCCAUCGUCGCUCAGAUAUACCGGACAUAUGUUGACAAGGCCGGUAAACCAUUUGUCAACGCUUGCUGGUACUACCGGCCGGAGCAGACAGUCCAUCGUUUUGAGAAGCACUUCUUCGAGAAUGAAGUAGUCAAGACUGGCCAGUACAGGGAUCAUAGCAUUGACGAGGUUGUGGACCGAUGCUUCGUCAUGUUCAUUACCCGCUACAGCAAGGGCAGACCUCGUGGCCUUCCCAAAGACAAGGACGUCUACGUUUGCGAGGCACGGUACAAUGAGGAGAAGCACAGGCUCAACAAGAUCAAGACCUGGGCCAGUUGCCUGCCCGACGAGGUCCGAGAAAAGGACUACGAGAUGGACCUGUUUGAUGUCCCGCGCAGGCUGAAGAAGUUCCCCAGCCCCAUCAAGCACCUGCUUCAGGAUGACGCAAAGCCGGAUGAUCCCCUUCCCAAGCCGACAUGGGGAGCACCAAACGCACCCCCUCUCGUAGGGGCGGUGCAUUGCCGGAAACGAGAAGCCAAUGAAUCUCCCCCGCCUGAGCCCACUCCGCCACCAGUGCCUGUCGAUCCGACGCGGCGCCCUUCCAUGAUGCAGCGGGCUAUGGACAGCCAAGGCGACAUCGCCAUGGGCAACGCGCCUCACUUUGCUCCAGUCGCAGCACCGCCGACACCGACUGGCGCCGCCUACACACCGCACUACUCGGCCGCGCGGCCCAGUCCAACGCCCGUUCCGGUGCCACAGUACGGCAACCACCCAGGAAUGCAUCAUUCGACGCCGCAGAUGCCACCGCACACCCCGCAGUACUCAGCCCAUCAGCCGCACCAGCCUCCGGCGUACAACGGGUUUGCACCGCCGUAUAACCCUGCGCCCGUCCCCAUGAGUCACCAUCAACCCCAUCAUCCGCCCGCCAACUCGCCCAUGAUCCCUUACGACCCCAGUCAGCGCCUGGCCCCGUCGCCGGCGCGCACGGCGGUUCCUCCGCCCCCUACCCCCGGCGUGCCCAACACGUACAACCCUCCCCGUCCGGUCGAGGUGUACACGCUAAAUGACGCGACGAACGCUGCCAUCCCCCCCGAGGUUCGCGAGCAGUUCCAGCGCGACGAACAGGGUCGCGUCUUGUUCUUCACCCAGCCGCCGCUCGACCGUGCACACCGCGGCCUUUCCAGCGAGAGUGCCGGCCUCGGCCACAGUCUUCGCUAUCUGGCCGAUCGUGAACGGGGCGUGGAGGACCGCCGCGCAAAGCGUAGGGCACGUGACGAGCUGCGCAAGGAGGAGGAGCGCAAAAGACGCGAGCUGGAGGAAAAGGCGGCCAGGAAGGAAAAGGCCUUGUUGAUAGACGCUGCUGGCGACGCGCUGCUCGACUGGGUGGCCACCAUGAACAAGGAGAAUGAGGUGCUGAAGAAGCAGUACAAUGGCUGGAGCGUCAAGGAUAAGGACAUUGACAGGUUCGCCUCGAAGUGA